AUGCCGUCCGUGCAGCUGCAGGGCGGCAAAAUGUACAAAUCGUCAGGCGGUGUCUCUGGCUGGGCGGCGCAUCUGACUCACAACACCACUCUUUGCGGCCUGGCUGUGGCGAUAUGGCACGUGGAUGACGCCGUGGACAUUAGAACUGAGUGUGUGGAACAAGACGUAGACGACAAAGAAUCACUCAUCAGAACUGUUCUAGCAGACACCGAGACCGACUCGAGACUUGGGUUCGGUGCGUCUCAGAAGCAGCCGAGGAAAAUGUCCAGAAGAAAUGAGAGAGAGCGCCAGCGGGUCCGGAUGGUGAACAUGGGCUUCGCCAACCUACGAAACCUCGUGCCGGACGGGCGGACCAACAAGAAAAUGUCGAAGGUUGAAACCCUCCGCUCGGCGAUGGAGUACAUCCGGCAGCUGAAGGAGCUUGUGGAAGAGCACGAUGCGGUAACCGCCGUGCUGAGCCACGCAUUCCCUCGGGCCCAGACGCACCUCCCCCCGCCCAGCUUCAGCUACGAGUCCGAUGGCUCCAGCAACCCCAUGUCGCCGGAGGAGGAGGCAGAGCUUCUCGACUUCUCGUCGUGGUUCUGAGAUGUGUGUGCUCCGUCUUAAGGUCUCAGAAGAAAACACGCUACAGAAAGGUCGACAACCUGGCACUACAAAUGACGUUCACAGAAAUUACCUCCCUGCAUAAAGCGUGUAUUACAUUACACUAUGAAUUGCACUUGGGCAUAAGAUUGCUCAAGGUCGUAUUUUUGUAUUCAAGGAUGGCAUGUUGUCUACACUUUUUCAUGUUGUGUCAGAAAAAAAAAUAUCGUCUGCAAAGAGCAAAAUUCUAACGUAAUGUUGACCAAACAUCCAAAGUAAACCUUGACAAAUCCGCUCUACUACAGUCUAUGUUAAAUGGACCUCAAGACAUGACGUCAUCUUUAUCCAAUAGCAGCCCGGGAAGUAUACACUAAAAGCCGAAUGCGCAUGUGCUUUAUAGACCUCUGUGAGCCAAACGUACAAAGAGUUUCCAUAUUGCUGGUGAUAUGGGAGACAUCGAUGUAAAAAAUAUAUAAAAAGACGCUGUGAAUAUGUUGUAUAUUAAUGUAAAUUGAGCCAUAAGAUAUAUAUAUAAAUGUAAAAUUGUGUCAUGUUGUAUAAAUACUCGACAUUAUGACAUUAA